AUGAAUGUAAAUAAAUAAGCAAUGAAAAUGAUAAAGAAUUGUGUGCCACUAUCGAAAGCUUACUGGAAUAAUCGCCUUUAGUAUCGCUUCGAUCAUCGAGUCAUUCUGAAGCACGUCGUUGUGCCGGUUGUGCCUUUCUGUCUGCAGUCUACACGUUGCGUGCAUCGAUGACAGCAGUGCUGUGAGUUCCAGUUUAUUUUCAUUCUCCAGUGUUUGAGUUUGUUAUGCUGGCAGCGUCAGCUGUUACGGCUAUUUCACGACACGAGCCACAGAGCAACGAAGCAACUCUCAGCAGCUUGUUGAAACUUUCAUUUUGAUCCAUUGGAAGAAGCUCGCUUCUGUCAAAACCAAAAUGCCGCUAGGAAGACUAAUAUUAAACAUCUUGGAUCCGUUUCAUCUGAUACGAAAUUAUCUGCUGAAACCCCUAGCAGUGACUGGAAUUGUGUUUGCUGAAGAGUAUAAAAGAAAAACUAGUGCUGGAGUGCAAUCGACAAAAAAUGUUGUUUUGCGGCUUAUUGCCGUGGUACUCAUUGGACUGUCCAUUGUGUGGGCCUCAAUAUUCAUGUAUGCUUACUUCUACUACACAUAUAUGCCGACUGUAUCGCAUGUGAAAGAUGUGUAUCUCAGUUACCGACAGUGCCAAGCAGACACGAAAUGUCUCCAAUAUCCUACGGACACGGUUGAGUUGACUAAAAAACAGCAACUGUUAAUGGUAGGACAACCUUACCGUGUCAUUCUUUAUCUGGAAAUGCCAGAAUCGGAACAAAACGAUAAAACAGGAAUGUUCACAAUCUGCGCCACUAUGCACGAUCAUUCUGGCACUCAGACUACAAAGUCCUGCCGGCUCUCGAUGCUGCAUUACAAGUCCGAUCUAUUGAAACUUUUGUCCACGGUAGUGUUCGCACCCUUUCUGAUCAUGGGAUACCGAGAGGAAAAACAGAUGGUAGCAAUCGAAUUGUUUUCCCAUUUCGAAGAUGACCAAGUACAUCCGGCUACCAGUGUUGACAUCACUAUACUCUCCAGUACGGUACAGUUCUACUCCGCUCAGCUGCACAUCACUGCUAACUUCUCCGGAUUGCGAUAUCUUAUGUUUAACUGGCCAAUCCUUUCAGCUAUCAUCGGUAUCACCACUAAUUUGUUUUUCAUUAUAAUUGUCUGUAUAUUGAGCUGGUACCAUUGGGAUGACAAUGAAUGGAUGGUUGAAAUAAAGGAUCGAUACCAACAGAUUAUUCAAAAAUCUAAGACUAUAAUAGAGUCACAGCAAAGUGAACUUGUUGAUUUGGACAAACCGGAGAAACCCAAUGACGACGUCGAAGAUAUUUCUAGUUUUAAGGAUGACUUGGGUCUAACUAGUUAAUAUGAAUUGAGAAAAAAGACUACUUUUACUGCUAAAGUAAUAAUUGUGAUUGAUUCGCACAGACGAGAAAAAAUAGUUUUUUGUUGAAAAUAAAUCUUUGAAGGUAAAACUGCCGAAUUAACU